CGCGUUCAGGGAAGAAGCAAACUCGCAUCCAGGAAUCUCUCGGUAAAUACAUUCCGAUACGAUCAUUUUAUCCUCCAGAGAGCUCAGAUACAUCUUUUACAGAUAAGAUUACACAUCAGUUUUAUUUGAAAACAUUAUGAUCGCUGCAGUGCUACAACUUCAAAAAGUUAUGAACACCUGUCUAUUCUAGUAAUCCACUGCUCUUCCCGAAUUCCCGAGGGCCAUGAGCCCACCUAACUUUAGUCUACAGUAUGAGCCUCCGAACCAUAGGGGGCGCUGUGCUCAGCUCCCUGGGACCUAGUCUGGCGGCUCAGGCCGGGGGAGCCUGGAGUUCUCUUUCUUUAAGACCCAUACCCUCCAUGCUUCAGACCAUGGUACCUUCCAGUUACACUGCCCUACAGGAGGAACGACUGGCCAUGGUAGACCUUGGCACGCCCAAACCGGAGUCCCUCAAGAACGGCUUGCACCGUGAGUCUCGGCGCCACUCGGACCGAGGCGGGCGAACGUCCAUCAGCCUGUCUGACCCGGGUGAGGGCAGAUAUGAGGAGACUGAACCCAUGCUGCCUGAAUGUAGUGUUUCAGGAGAGGAAGCUGACGAAGAGGAGAGCGAGGAAGAUGUGCAGCAGCUAGCCAGAAACAUUCCCAAAGAGUCGCCCCUGGCCAUGGCGCUACAGAUACUGGUGCCAUUCCUCCUGGCUGGCUUUGGGACGGUGUCGGCCGGAGUGGUACUGGAUAUAGUACAGCAUUGGGAAGCAUUUAAGAACAUCACUGAGAUCUUCAUCCUGGUUCCUGCUCUCUUGGGUUUAAAAGGAAACCUGGAGAUGACUCUCGCGUCCAGACUUUCCACAGCGGUGAAUGUGGGGAAAAUGGACUCACCCAUAGAGAAAUGGAAUCUCAUUAUUGGAAACUUGGCACUGAAACAGGUGCAGGCCACAGUUAUUGGCUUCCUGGCAGCUGUAGCAGCUGUGGUACUUGGCUGGAUUCCUGAAGGAAAGUUCCAGUUCAAUCACGCAGUGUUACUUUGUUCCAGUAGUGUAGCUACAGCCUUCAUCGCAUCUAUGCUGCAGGGUAUAAUAAUGGUGGGUGUGAUCGUGGGCUCUAAGAAGACGGGCAUCAACCCUGAUAAUGUAGCCACGCCUAUUGCCGCCAGCUUUGGUGACCUCAUCACGCUGGCCAUCCUAGCCUGGAUCAGCCAGGGCCUUUACAACUGUAUAGACUCACACCCAUACGUGUCGUCUUUGGUUUGUGCCUUCUUCAUGUGUCUGACCCCAUUAUGGAUGGUCAUCUCCUCUAAACACCCAGCCAGCCGUCAGCUGCUGUACUCAGGCUGGGAGCCGGUUAUCACGGCCAUGUUCAUCAGCAGUAUCGGAGGACUUAUCCUGGAUAAAACUGUAUCGGAUCCCAACCUGGCUGGAAUUGUGGUGUACACACCUGUUAUCAAUGGUAUCGGGGGAAACCUGGUGGCCAUUCAGGCUAGCCGUAUCUCCACCCAUCUGCACAUUCACAGCGCCCCUGGAGAGGUACCUGACGAGGCCAAAGGCUGCUACUGUCCCUGCCGUACCUUCUGUGGCACAGGAGCCAAUCACCGAUCAGCACAGGUACUGCUGAUAUUGGUCAUCCCUGGCCAUCUGAUCUUCCUGUACACCAUUGAUCUGAUGGAGAGAGGUCACACCACACUGACAGCUGUUUUUAUGCUUGUGUAUUUGGCUGCUGCUCUUCUGCAGGUGUUCUUGUUGCUUUGCAUAGCAGACUGGAUGGUUCAUUCCAUGUGGAAAAGCGGGAAAGAUCCGGAUAGUUUUUCCAUUCCUUAUCUGACAGCGCUGGGUGACCUUUUUGGAACCGCCCUUCUUGCUCUCAGCUUCCACUUCCUGUGGGUCAUCGGGGACCAGGACAGUGAUGUGGGGGAUUGAGGUCCUUCAUUGACUCUUAACCCACUAUAUCAUGCCUGCUGUCCUCAACUCACCUAAUGCCUCGUAUGGCCGCUGUCUGAAAGGCAAUUUCUCAAUCAGUUUAAUGACUCUUCUUAAAGUGCCAGAUGAUUUAUAAACUGCAAUUUUUUAAUGCAGUAUAAGUAAAUAUGUAGAAGUAAAUAUGUAGAAGGAGGCUUCUCAGACUUCAGGUGCGUUUGAUGUGGGGUACGCAAAGGAUCACAUUUUACCCCAUCGUGUAUAUAAGUAAACCUAAGCAAAAGCAAGAUAUGUAAGAUUGUCUUUAUUUAUUUUCCAUGUUUUUGUACUGUCAAUUCUUUUUUUUCUACCCAUAAUGCCCCAACUUCCUCCUGUUAAUUAAUUCAGAUCCUUCUGCUAAUAGUGUAACUGCACAUGUUUACUUAACCAGUGUCAGAUCAUUUUAUAUUAUUAACUUCUGUAAUGCAGUUUCUAUAGCUUGGAAUAAUAAUAAUAAUAUAAUUAUAUUAUAUAUUAAUAUUAUAUAUGAAAACUGCUUUGAGAAAAGGGGUUAGAUGCUCAUCUGCUUGUUCAGGCAGGAGAAAUGAUCUGAGCUAAACAAAAUGGUACUUUAUUUUUGUGUCGCCAGCUAUUUAUGUCAUUUUCUGGCUACAUGCAUUAACCCAAAAUUACAUGAAUUGAAUGUGCCAGAAAAAUCUCUUGAAGUUUAUAUGUCUGUGUGUGUGUUGUUCUUGUUUGUAUACAGUAAUGUUAUUCUAAGGUACUGUCUACACUUUACAAAAUGCUGGGUUAUUUUUAACUCAACAUUGGGUUAAAAGGGACGAAUUUAGCCCGUUGAGUUGUAAUUUACCUAUGCUGGGUUGUUUUAACCCAAAUUGCUGUUUUUUAACCCAUUGCUGGGUCAAGGAUAAACAUUUUUAUUACAAGUUAAUUUAACCCAACGACCGGGUUCGUCCCUUUUUGACCCAACGCUGGUUUAAAAAUAAUCAAUUUUUUUUUAGUAUACAGUGAUUUUACAUGGGAGAAGAGUUUCUGGGGGCACCAAUAGAGGAUUUUGUAUUUUUCUUUCUACCAUGAUUUUUUGAUACUCAGAAUGUUUAAUAAAGGUUUAAUAAAGAUUUAUCUCCAGUAUCUGUCACAGUAUUAAUUAUUUUCCCAAACCAGAUACCCCAUAAUCGUUACACUGCGUAAUUGAAUAAUGUCAAGUUUAUCACCUGUGUUUAAUGUGUUUGCUUUUGAAGGGUAUUUGUUUAAAAACUCCUUAAGUGUUUUAUGGGAAAUCUGUUUGUGUGUGCAUGCAACUUUUGACUUUGACCAUAAAAGU